AUGGGUAAUAAAAGAUCUGCAGUCUGGGCUCAUUUCAGUAUUAAAGAAGGAGAUGAAACCCGAAUUAUCUGCUCGCAUUGCCACAUAGAGCUCGUAAGGGGUAAGCAGGGUACUACCACUCACUUACUAAGGCACCUUCAGCGGAGACACGCUAAUGUUUUACCAAUCUUAGACCCUACAAUUGCACACAAGCCUCUUGAAACUUUUCAAGGAUCUGAAUCUUUUUUGCAUUCUUUUGGAGAAGUUUCGUCUUCCGUCUAUAAUCAUGUCUUGGAGUUAUUAUUAAUUCAAACCGGAGGAACCAUCGAUAAAAUAUACUCAACAUCUCCUAAUCGACGGGGCCUUACAGUCUCUCAUCCUGCCAUCUCUAAAAUCUUUUCUAAAUUAAAACUUACCGUUAAACACAGGCUGGUUACUGUUUGUAAGAGAGACGACUCCAAUUUCACACAAGACGAUCUUAAUUCUCUAAAAAAUUCUUGUCUUGCUGCUCCCGAAAUGAAAAUUAUUGUAACCCACGGAACUGAAACAUUAAUAAAAACUGCUCAAUUUUUGGCACUCGAGUCUGAAUUGGAGCAGAACAAGUUAAUCAUCUUGACUGGCUCUUUUGUUCCGCAUCAAUUUAAAAAUUCCGACGCCGAAUUUAAUAUAGGACUUGCUGUGGGGGCGAGCAAUCUUCUCUCUUCUGGAGUUUUUAUUGCUAUGAAUGGAGUCAUUAUUCCAGCACUUUCCUGCACACGUGGACCCAGCGGCCUUUUUUUUAAUGCUUCUUUGAUUUCUGGUUUUUUUUUAAACUAA